AUUCUGGGGGCAUCAGUUUUGUACCGAAACAACACAGACCAACAUGUUCAAUCUGGUGGUGUUGUGCACCCUCGUCGCCGCGGCGGCAGCCGGCGGGAUCGUCCCCCUGACGUACAGCGCGGCCCUCUUCCCAGCCACCACCACCAUCAGCAGGCAGGCCAGCAGCGUCAUCCACCCCACCCCGCUGAUCUCCACCCCCCUCGUGUACUCGUCCCCACUGUACGCCCACCUCAUCAAGAAGCGCUCGGCGGUGUUCGCGCCCAGCUUCAUCGCGCCGUCGACGUACAUCACGCGCGCCCCGCUCGUGACCGGCUACGCCGCGCCGCUGGCCACCACCUACUCUGUAGCCGCGCCGCUGACCACCGCCAUCGCGUCCCCGUUCUACGGCGCGCACUUCAUUAAGAAGAGGUCCGUGGCCGCCGUGUACGCCGCGCCCGCCGCCGUGUCCCACCAGUCUAGAGUGGACAUCAAGUCGACCCCGGCCGUGGCCUACACCUCGUACUCGGCUCCUCUCACGUACGCGGCAGCCCCCGUCUUCUCCACCCCUAUCGUGUCGGCCGCGCGCUUCGUGUCAGCCGCCCCCAUCGCCUACAGCCACCUGAUCAAGAAGAGGUCCCUGGCGGUCACCGCAUACGUGGCUCCCUCCGCCGUGUCCCACCAGUCCCGCGUUGACUUCAAGUCGAACCCGGCCAUCGAGACCACGUACACGUCCUACGCUGCUCCCCUGACUUACGCCGCCCCCGCCGUCUCCUACGCCGCUCCCAUCUCCUACAGCAGCCCAUUAAUCUCACACCUCUAUUGA